UUUAUAUUCUCGAAGAGGUACUCUGUUUCGUUAACAUCAUAUACUAUACACAGUACUCUGUUUUUCACCUUCAGUUUCAUGAUUUUCAGAAAUAAAAAGAAAAAAAACUCUGUUUUUCCUCCUUCAGAACUGAUCCCUUGUCCCUCAUCAAUAAAAUCCUUUAGAACAAACGGAAGAACUGGACAUUGUGUAAAACCCUUCAAAAGUUCAGGGAUUGGCACUAAGCUGCAGAUACUAACAUUUACAGAAAUCAGAAUCACCAUGGCAAAUAAGCUCAGAUUUCUGCUCGAAUUUUGAGACUAACCCAAACAAGUACCAAAAUCAAGAUUCACAUUCACCCGGUUAAACCCUCAACCCCCGCGCGCGUGCUGACAACGCUAUGUCGCGCUGACGUCAGCCAUUUCUAUAUAUUGAAAUCCCGCCUUGCCGACGCGAUCCACUCGCACCUGCUCUCUUCUGCUCCCCCUCCCCAUCUCGAAUCCUCUCGCCCACGCUUCCUUCCUCCCAAAAACCCUAAAUUCUUCAGCUGCUGCGCGCGAUCGAGAUGAUGAUGACGCUGUCGGCUGCUGGCGCGGAUGGGCUCCUCCCGGGCCUCAGGUUCAAUCCCCUGAGCGCGCCGCCGCCAUGGAUGCUUCUCGCGGAUCACGGCCGGGGCGACGAGGCCGCGUUCUUGGAGGACGCGCGGGCCAAGAACGCCAAUGGGAAGCGCCAGAAUCACACCGCCGAUGGCGGAGGGUUCUGGCAGGGGAAGCGGAUGUGCGUCGGUGGCCCUGAUGACGGCGGCGGCGGCGGCGGUGGUUUGGCUUUCUUGCCGCCGACGAUCUUUCCCUCGCCACCACCUGCUCGCCAUUGCUCGACGCCGCUGUCCCCAUCCUCACCGCCGUUUCAGCCGAGAGGACUGCUCGUCCGGUGGGCGCCGCCGCCUGCUCCCCGCUGCUCGACGCCACUUUCGCCUUACUCGCCGCCAUUUCGUCCGGCGAGGCUGAUCGUGAGGUGGGCGCGGCCGCCGCCGGGGUGGCACAAGCUGAACUUCGACGGAUCGGUGUUCCACGACGGGUCCCGACAAGCGAGCAUCGGCGGCGUCAUCCGCGGGUGCGACGGCGGCGUCGUGCUGGCCUUCGCCGAGACGACGGAGCACCGGGGGGUGGGCGUGGUGGAGGCCCGCGCCAUGAUGCGGGGCCUGAGGCUCGCGCUGUCGUGCGGCGUGGACCGGCUCGUGGUGGAGGGCGACGACCUGGUGCUGGUCGAGCUCCUGCGCGGCGAGAAGCCGCACACGAGGAUCCCGGCGGCGAUGCACGAGGAGAUUCUCUCCCUCCUCCGCCGCUUCGCCGAGGUGGAGGUGCGGCAUAUCUACCGGGAGGGAAACUCGGUGGCUCACACACUCUGCCGGCAGGCGUACGUGUGUCCCGGCAUUUGGUCGGAGGGAGGAGGAGGGAUGCCGGCGGUCGUCUGGGACAAGGUGGACGAUGAUCGACGCGGCGUGGUGCACGAGCGCCUCCGCAAGAAGAAGACGAAGUGAAGUCGUCAAGACUGAAGAAGAACAAGAAGCACUGACGCAAUUCGAGAGUCAAAGAUUCUGCUCAGCUCGAAGACUUUCCACUUUGUGAUUUUUAUUGUAUAGAUAGAUUUGUAGUUGUACAUUUAGUGUA